GGACCCAGGAACGGGUUGCAUUCGGGUGCGCAUGCGUGCUGUGCCGGGCGGCAGAGACUUGGAAGGCUUCUACUGGUGUCGGGGAAGGUGUUGCUAUGGCUGCUGCGCUUGCACCCCUAGGCGUAACUCUGCGAGAAGCCACCCAGCGAAAAUUGAGGAGGUUUUCAGAGCUGAGAGGCAAACCUGUGGCAGCUGGAGAAUUCUGGGACAUCGUUGCAAUAACAGCAGCUGAUGAAAAACAGGAGCUUGCUUAUAAGCAACAGCUGUCAGAAAAGCUGAAAAAAAAGGAGCUACCCCUUGGAGUUCAAUAUCAUGUUUUUGUUGAUCCUGCUGGAGUCAAAAUCGGAAAUGGAGGAUCCACACUUUGUGCCCUUCGAUGUUUGGAAAAGCUAUAUGGCAAUAAAUGGAAUUCUUUUACCGUCCUAUUAAUUCAUUCUGGUGGUUACAGCCAACGCCUUCCAAAUGCAAGUGCUCUGGGCAAAAUUUUCACUGCAUUACCUUUUGGUAACCCCAUUUAUCAGAUGUUGGAAUUAAAACUAGCCAUGUACAUUGAUUUCCCCUCACAUAUGAAUCCUGGGAUUCUGGUUACCUGUGCAGAUGAUAUUGAACUUUAUAGUAUCGGAGAAUGUGAGUUUAUUAGAUUUGACAAACCUGGCUUUACUGCUUUAGCUCAUCCUUCUAGUUUGACUGUUGGUACCACACAUGGAGUAUUUGUCUUAGAACCUUUUGAUGAAUUAGAAUAUAGAGACCUUGAAUACAGGUCUUGCCAUCGUUUCCUUCAUAAGCCCAGCAUAGAAAAGAUGCAUCAAUUUCAUGCUGUAUGUAGACCGGGAAAUAUUUCUCAACAGGACUUUGCUAGGGGUGAUACUCCUCUUAAGUUAGACUCUGAGUAUGUCUACACGGACAGCUUGUUUUAUAUGGAUCAUAAAUCAGCAAAAAAGUUACUUGCUUUUUAUGAGAAAAUAGGCACAUUGAACUGUGAAAUAGAUGCCUAUGGAGACUUUCUGCAAGCUUUGGGACCUGGAGCAACUGUGGAGUACACCAGAAACACAGCAAAUGUCACUAAAGAAGAAGCAGAGUUGAUAGAUAUUAGGCAGAGAAUAUUUCAUCUUCUUAAAGGAACCUCAUUAAAUGUUAUUGUUCUUAAUAACUCCAAAUUUUAUCACAUCGGAACAACCGAAGAAUAUUUGUUUCAUUUUACUUCAGAUAGCAAUUUGAAGUCAGAACUUGGCUUACAGUCCAUAGCUUUUAGCAUCUUUUCUGCAAUACCGGAAAGUUCUGGUAAUACAUCCUGUAUCAUUCAAAGUAUACUGGAUUCAAGGUGUUCUGUGGCAGCUGGCUCAGUUGUGGAGUAUUCCAGAUUGGGGCCUGAUGUUUCAGUUGGGGAAAACUGCAUUAUUAGUGGUUGUCAUAUCAUAACAGCAGCUGUUCUGCCUGCAUAUUCUUUUGUGUGUUCCUUAAGCUUGAAGAUGAAUGGACACUUAAAGUAUUCAACUAUGGCAUUUGGAGUGCAAGACAACUUGAAAAAGAAUGUUAAAACAUUGUCAGAUAUAAAGUUACUUCAAUUCUUUGGAGUCUGUUUCCUGUCAUGCUUAGAUAUUUGGAAUCUGGAAGUUACAGAGGAAAUGUUCUCUGGAAACAAGACAUGUUUGAGUUUGUGGAAUGCUCGUAUUUUCCCAGUUUGUUCUUCUUUAAGUGAUUCAGUUAUACUAUCCCUGAAAAUGUUAAAUGCUAUACAGAACAAAUCAGCAUUCAGCCUGAAUAACUAUAAACUGUUGUCCAUUGAAGAAAUGCUUGUCUACAAAGAUGUAGAAAACAUGAUAACUUAUAGGGAGCAAAUUUUUCUAGAAAUUACUUUAAAUACAAAAAAACAGUCUGAUUUAGAGACAUCUUAAAUAUCCUACACCUUGGCAUUCUUGAUUGAGCACGACUACAAAUAGAAGAGUUUUCUGUAGACUUUUGUUUUUUCAUUGAAGUGAAUCAAUGCAAAUUAUAUUAACAAUUACUGUAACAUAUUAAUAACACAAAAAUACGAAUUCUCCAUUUUUGAUAAAAGAAUAUUUUCAAGGCUGUAAGCUUAGAAAAGGUUUUUUUUUAUGUUUAGCACUAUUUUAAUUUUCUUUUUUAUUAAAGGUGGAUUUGUGGAGCAUAGCUGUGCUCAUAUAGUACUAUAGUAGUUUUGAGUAAUUUUCUAAACAUAUCUUUAGAGUUUUUCCAUCUUCCUUUUGGGCUUUCGUUUCAGUACAGUUCUAAGUGUUUAUUGGCAUUUCUAUCUUUGAGCAUAGUAGUCCUAUUCUGAUGAACUGAUAAAAAUGGCAUACUAUAGGAUCUUCAGAGCAUUGUAAGAAUACUGUAGAAAUACUUUUUUGGAAAGAAACCCAUUGCUCACAAAUUCAGAUAAAAUCAAUUAAAAUAUUGUGAUUAUGUAAUUAAUAAAUAAUUAGAUGCAAACAGCUUUGAAAUUGAUGAUGAAAAUCUGUCUCCUUUAUUGCUCUUACCAAAAUGAAACUAAAAGUGUAUAUGUGUUAUUUUACCUUAUAAAUUUGGAUAUGUGUUUCUAUAUAUAUAUAUUUUUUAAGAUUUUAUUUAUUUGACAGGGAGAGAGACAGCAAGAGGUGAAAUGCAAGAAUGGGAAGUGGGAGAGGGAGAAGCAGUUUUCCCACUGAGCCGGGCCGUGGUUGUAUCCCAGGAUCCUGGGAUCAUGACCUGAGCCAGAAGGCAGAGACUUAAUGACUGAGCCACCCAGGCAUGUGUUUCUGUAUCUCAAAAUUUUUCCUUAAAGUUCCAUCCAUACAAAAGCAUAUACAUGUACAAAACUCAAAUAUCUGUGUGGGGAAGGUGGUAGGAAUAAUUGGGGUUCAUUAAUAAAUGUACAAGUUCAUUUUGGACAUUACUUAUAUCCUUUUAUUAAUCCCUUUACUAGAACUAUUAAAUUACCAGAAGGACUGAUUUUACUCUCUAUUUCAUAUUUUUUGUCCUUGUACUGGUGAUGGUACUGAGAAGUAAUAAUUGGCCAAAGGUAGGCAGCAGGAAGGAGCCUGAAGAAGAGAAUUACAGAUGAUAAACAGCUCCAAGAAAUUAAAAUUUGGCUGGAAUCUCAAAUUAUGUGUCCCUCUUUUGCUGUAAGCAUGCAUGUGAAAUGUCUUUAUGUCAAAGUGUAAUAAUAAUUAGAGAAACUGUCAGUUUUGUGUUUUAACAUGGGUAAAUUGAAAUAUGAACUAGUCAGUGGUACUCUGAUUUAUAUAUUAAUAUUUCAAUAUAAAAAUACUUGAUAUGGCUUGCCUACAACCUUCAAUUAGUUUAUUUCUGUGUUUUGUUGUUGUUGUUGUUGUUGUUUUCUUUUAAGGUUCUUUCCAAGGAAAAACUAAAGAUAUAGCCAUGUUUUAGCAUUGACUGAUUUACUUGCAGAGCUUUCAGAAGAUACUAUGUGUCUGUCAUUGAGUGAAUGUUUAAUACUGUAUUUCACCUAAGUGCCAUUAAUUAUUAAGAGUUACCAUUAUUUUAUUCCACUAAAAAGAAAAAAAAAAACUAUCAAUAAAAUAUGGCACAAUGCUUUCUUUCAGAAUCAGACUCUUCUGAAACACUUUCCAACUCAGGAGUUGUUGAUAUCCAUGUGCUUCUACCCAGUAACAUCUUCCGUGUUAUCAAAGAUAUUGGUAAAGCUAUAUGUCCUAAGAGUGCCUGGUAAAGCUGUAUGUCCUAAGAGUGCCAUCACCACAUUGCUGUCUGGAUUGACUCAAAACUGUCAAGACCAGAUACCUGUUGUGUAAGUUUUGAUGUUGAUGGUUUACUAUUUAGCAAAAUUCAGCUUCAUUUUUGCCUUUGUGUAAUCACAUGCCUCUAGAAAAUAGUUGGCUUCUAUUCAAAGUCAAUGGGAGUUUUCUGACAAAUUGGUGGUCACUGUUUUAAUCAUCAUUCUGCACAAUGUAUGGAUUCUAGUUGCUCUGAAAUGUUAUCAGUUUUAAAGAAUUUGGCAUUUUCUCUUGC